AUGGAAGUUUCAGCAAAGAAGCGUCAAGCAGUCGAAGGCAAACUUGCCGGCAAGGUUGCACUUGUUACCGGAGCCGCUCAAGGCAUCGGGGAAGCAACAGCCAGAAUUGUCCAUCAUGUGACCAUACUAGACUGUAGUGAAAAAGACUGGGACACGGCGUGGAAUGUCAACAUAAAAAUUAUCUUUUUCUUAUGCAAACAAGCCAUACCCAAUAUGAUGGCUAAUGGCGGUGGAUCGAUCAUCAACAUGUCAUCAGUAGUUUCCAGCAUCAAAGGUGUAGCCAACCGAUACGUAUACGGUACCACUAACGCUGCAGUUAUCGGCCUCACUAAAGCCAUUGCUGUUGACUUCGUAGACAAAAACAUACGUUGCAAUGCCAUUUGCCCCCGAACAAUCGACACUCCAAGUUUACAAGAAAGGAUGAAGGCACACUCGACCUCCAAGAAGAUGGAAUAUGAGACCUUUAUUGCACGGCAGAAGAUGGGUGGUAUGGGUAAACCAGAAGAAAUAGCAUCUCUAUGCACUUUCCUUGCAUCUGAUGAAGCAGCCUUUAUUACUGGAAAAGAGUAUGUUAUCGAUGGUGGCUGGACUCUCUGA